AUUCCACUUGCUCAUAUUAUCCCUUGCUUGUUUCUCCCAAAAAUGGUGCUCGCUGGUAAAAUUAGCACCGAAGUUGGUGUUAAAGCAUCCUCUGCCAAGUUCUUUAAACUAUUCUCAUCAGAGUUACACCAUGUACAAAACCUUUGUGAAAGAGUCCAUGAAACUAAACUGCAUCAAGGUGAUGACUGGCAUGGCUCUGAUUCGGUUAAACAGUGGACUUAUGUCAUAGAUGGCAAAGUACACACAUGUCAUGAGAUUAUUGAAGAUCUUGAUAAACAAAACAAGAAAAUCACUUUCAAGCUCUUUGGUGGAGAUAUUGAUGAACACUAUAAGGUCUUUAAGCUCAUCCUUGAAGUAAUUGAUAAAGCUGGUGGAAAUGCUGCUGUUAAAUGGACUAUUGAAUAUGAGAAAAUCAAUGAGGAUAUUGAUCCUCCAAAUGGCUAUAUGGACUACUUUGCCAAAAGCACUAGAGACAUGGAUGCUCAUCUUGUCAAGGCUUAAUAAGCUUCAUAUGAUAAGUCAUAAAGAAAGUAAUAAAUAAGGAGUUAUGGCUUAAUGGGGCUUCCUUUGUGAAUAUAAGUGGUUAUUUUAUAAUUAGUGUGAUGUUUGUAAUGGCAUGGUGCCUUAAUUAGUGUGCCUUAAAUCAUGUGAUGUAUAAAUAAAUGGAUAUUUUGUGUUUGCAGUUAAUCUAUAGAAUUUGUGAAA